AUGAGCACCCCGACUGCGGAAGGCAAGAAUGAAGCAGCGGCGGCAGGCAAACCAAACGACUCGCCGGGUGCCCGUCCUCUCUUGGCCAGUACGAAACGACCCCUAAUGACUCACUCCAAAGACGGCAAACUGUUGAGCGAGAAGAAGUUGCGGCGUCUCGAGAAGAACCGAUUGAGUGCCAGAGAAUGUCGUCGUCGAAAGCGAGAAGCUACGGAGAAUUUGGAGCGGGAAAUCAAUGUGCUGGAAGCAGAGAACCUCCGGUUGCGGAUCCAGUUGCAGAUUGGCGAAGAAGCAGAGGACAAGCGCCGCCAGGAAGAAGUAAAGGUCACCGAGGGGAUUCAUGCUCUCUUGGAGAGUGGUGCCUCGGAGGCUGAAAUUUAUGAGAAUAUUGAAAAAUUCAAGGAAAAAUUCGCCGACUAUGGGAGAGACCGGAGAUCCGCCAUUGAAUUUCAUUUGCGGAAUAUUGAACGGCUUCUCAUGCCGACUCAGACAACAACCAUUGCCAUGAGAGCGUUGCAGGGAGGUGAUAUACCAAAUGCACCACAAAACAACAACGGCAACAAUGCCUUUGCGGUGUCACCAACAUCCACCAUUGAGUCGGCUGCCACCACGGGGGAUUCUUCCAUUAUUCCUCUCGAGGGACCUAGUCCGCCUAAAACUCAGGAUCCAAAGGCGCUUUUCCAGUUCUUGGUCAAUCACCUCGAGGUAUCGCCCGAACAAGGGGCUGCCUUGAAGGACAGCCGCUUUGUAGCGCAAGAGCUCGAUACUCAUCUAGACAAAGCAUUGAAAGUGGUCGAGGAACUCAAGACGAGGUUGACAGAAUGCGGGGAAGAUCUAGAAUCGGAAUUCGACAAUAUUCGGGCCAUAUUGACACCCACUCAGGCGGCCAAGUUCCUGGUCUGGGUUGCCAACAAUGGCGCUUGCAUGCAUAUGCUGAACGAAUUGUGGCACCGGGCAUACCCACACAGUCUCGACACCAACAGCGCCCUGGAAGCUUCUCCUUCCAUGGACAACGACUCGCCGUAG